AUGUCAGAUUACGUCCCUCCAGUUGAACGUGAAUUGUCCUCCACUCCUACGCAAUGUACACAAUCAGCUGUGAGUUCAGACGAAGCAGCAUGGUACAAUGAUGUUGAGCAUUUCGGACAGUAUUCUCACUAUCCGAGCUCAACCUUGCAGCCUGGAAUGGUGUUCGCAACAUUCAAAGAUUUAAAAAUAAAAGUGGUGCACCACAAUCUUGCAGUGCAUAAACAAUUCAAAAGCGCUCAUAAGAGAUCGGAAUAUUGGAAGGCAACAUGUUUGUAUCCUGCUCAGUGUCCUUGGAUGAUUACUGCUGCUCCACUUGGCAAUGGUGAUCAGUGGAUAGUUAAGAAGUUUAAAGACAAACACACGUGUCGAGUCGAUUACAGUCAAGGCGGGGCAGACUACAUCGUCACUAUUACUGUAAUUGCGGACUUCAUCUUGCCGAAAAUUCAGGUUGAUCCGAUGUACAAAAUCAAAUACGUACAGCAAGAUGUCAAGACUAAAUGGGGUGUUAAUGUUAAUUACAAAAAGGCUUGGUACGCAAGGGUGCAAGCGCUACAAACACUAUAUGGGAAGUGGGAUGAGUCAUACAACUUAUUGCCACAGAUGCUACGCGCAUUACAGCAAACAAACCCCGGAACUGUUGUUGAUAUUGUUGCCAACCCCACCCCUAAUCCCAACGAGUUCGAAUUUAAGUAUGCGUUCUGGGCAUUCAAACCGGCGAUAGAUGGAUUCAAGUAUUGUUUACCCGUUCUUACCAUUGAUGGGACUCAUUUGUAUGGGAAGUAUAAAGGACACCUAUUGCUAGCAGUAUCAAUGAACGCUAACAAAGAAAUAUAUCCAAUCGCGUACUCAAUUGUGGAUGCUGAAACUGGGGACAGUUGGACUUGGUUUUUGAAACUGGUGGCACAACACGUGUUUGGGAAUAGUGAACACAUUUGUAUUAUAUCAGAUCGGCAUGGUGGUAUUGAUGUCGCUUUUACUUACCUGAAUUAA